AUGUUUAUUGAAAGUGCCUUUCUGCAACGUAUGCAGCUAUUUCUGAUCGAUGUUUGCUCAGUAUGGUCUAGUGAUUGGAAGCAUUCUACUGAAUUAAAAGAGCUUAUUUAUACAAGUGUUAAACCAAUAGGUGAUUCUGAUGCCGGAAAAUAUUCCAAAAUCAAAGUAAAUAGUUGGGUUGAAUGUGUUGCUCAAUGUUGUCUAUUUAAUCGAUGUAAUGUUGCUUAUUGGAUAUCAUCAACAUGUCUUCAUAUUGAAUGUUUAUCGGAUGAAUUAUGUAAACCAAUAAAUAUUGUUAAUGGUGAUAUUAAUGACGAUACAUUAUAUUUGAAAGUUCGUUCUGUUCAAUCAACAGCAGCUGCUAUUGAUUAUGAUGAUCCAGGAUUUGAUGAGUGUAAUGAAACAAAAUUAUGUCCUACUAAUGAACAAUGUGAACAAGUAUCAAUAAAUGCUCAAUUAAAACGAAAUAUAUGUUUAUGUGAUGGUAAUAAUGAUUAUCGUCGUAUUAAAGGUGUCUGUCGACAAUAUUUACCUCAUACAAAACCUUGUGCAAUAUAUGAAACAGAUUAUGAAAAUAAUGAUGAUGAUGAUGAUGAUGAUAGAGGAAAAUGUAAGAGAAAUGAAGAAUGUUUACCGCCAAGUGAUCGUGCUAAACAUGGAUAUUGCCAAUGUAAAUUAGGUUUUAUAAGAAAAGAUGCAAAUAGAAAGUGUGUAAUUGAUAAACAAGAAAACUUAUCAACAGUAUCUUCAACAAAAUCAACUUCAAUUUCAUCAUUAUAUGAUUUUGAAGUACAAGCUGGUGAUGAUCAAACAAUAAUAUUACCUCACAAUGAAGUUGAUUUAUCUGGACAUGUUCUUUAUAAAUCAAAUAAAAAAGAAGUUGAUAUAUCAAUAUUAAAAAAUCAAAAGUUUACAUUAUUUUGGUCACUUAAAUCAUCAACAAAUGGAGCCACAGUUGAUAUUUCUCAUCAAGAAGAUCUAACAUCACAUAUUCUUGUUAAACAAUUACGUGAAGGAAUAUAUGAAUUUGAAUUGAAAUUAAAUGAUAAACAAGGAACAACAUUAGCAUCUGAUAUUGUUAAAAUAGAAGUUCUUUCAACUACAACGGCACCAUCACCUCUCGUUGUCAAAAUAUCUUCUUCAGUAAUAGUUCGUUUACCACAACAAGUAACUAAACUUGAAGCCUCUGUCGAACCUUCUAAUCGGCCAGUUACCUAUAAGUGGACGUACAAAAACGAUGGUCCUGUCACACCAAUAAUUGAAAAUAUUAAUACUUCUGAUUUAUUAAUAUCAAAUCUUCGUCCUGGUAAUUAUUCGUUUCGAUUAGAUGUUACUGAUAAUAUCGGUAAUCAGCAAACAAAAACUAUUCUAUUAAUUGCUAUUGGUGAACCAAUUGAAGCUCGAGUAGUAAAUCAUCGUGAAAUUGUAUUUUGGCCAUCAAAUGAUGUUAUACUUGAUGGUACACCAAGUAUUAUUGAACAACAAACACAUAUUUAUUGGACAUUAAUAUCAACUGAUAAUAAACAAGAUGCAGAUAAAAUAAAUAUUCUAACACCAAAUUCACUUAAAACUCGAAUAACAAAUCUUCGUUUUGGACAAUAUAAAUUUCUUUUAACACUAGUAACAAAUGAUAAACAAUAUAAAUCAAAUGUCGAAGUUCUUGUUAUUGUUUAUUCACAAAAUGGUCAGCCACCAAAAGUUUCUAUUCAUUUAGAAACAAAUAAUGUUAAUAUAUUAAAUAAUCUUAUCAUACUUAAUGCAACAACAACAAUAGCUGAUUAUGGUAUUGCAAAAUGGCAAUGGAUUAAAAGUCCAUUAAGUCCAGCUAUUGGUUAUUUUAUAAAUAAUUCAAAUUUAUCACCUAUUGCUUAUAUAACAAAUUUAAUUGAAGGACAAUAUAUAUUUAUUCUUCAAGUAUAUGAUGAUCGACAACAAAUGAGUGAAAUGAAUAUAACAGUUAAUGUUCAUGGUAUACCAGAUGAAGAAGAUUUAAUUGAAAUUAUUUUCUUAUCAAAACCAUAUUUAUAUCAGCAAACACUUGAUAAUCUUUUAGCACAAAUACGAGUUUUUCUUAUUGAUUUAUUACCAAAUAUAGAUAUUAUUAUGGUUGGAAUGUUAAAAGAAGAUGUUUUAUUAAUUAAAGGAAAAGAUGUUAAAACGAAUUUAAUUAUUUCACCAAAAUUAAUUGUUAAUCAUUUACAAAAUAAAAUUAAAUCAUUACGUUCAGCAUCAAAUAUGAAUAUUUUAUCAAUUGAUACUUAUUUAUGUUUAUCAAAUUGUUCAAAUCAUGGUAAAUGUGAUCAAAAAACAAAAAGUUGUAUUUGUAAUAAAUAUUAUAUGGAAAAUUGGUUUAAAUCUAUUGUUUAUAGGGAAAAAAAUUGUGAUUUUAUAAUUCAUUACUUCGUUCUAAUCGCAAGUAUUAGCUCAAUAUCGACAAUAAUAUUUUGUUGGUUAUGUUUAUGUUGUUGUUUACGUUGGAGACGCCGUUGUAAUUUAUUAAAACGUCGUAAACGUAUUCGUUAUCAAUUAUUACAGGAAAAUGAUGAUUCUGAUGAUCAAAGUUCAAAAAGUUCAAAAGAAAAAAGUAAAAAUAAAUUUCAUUCAACAAAAAAAAAUAAAACAAAACUAUCAAAUAUAGUUAUAUCGGAAUCUGACAAUGAUCAAUCUGAUGAAAAUGGUGAACAAACUCUAUAUGAUAAACCACUUCUUACAGCUAAGUCACAAACGAACUCACCAAAAAUAAAAUCUCGUGGAUUAAAAGUUGCUGUACAAGACAGUAAUGGUAGUCCAAUGUUAGGCAAUAAUCGUCAAUCACCAAUGACAUCUGAACAUAGUAUUGCUUAA